AUGGGGCGCUCUGCCUCCUCCUGCUCUGCAGGGCAAAGCCUGGCUCUUCUCAUCGAGGUCCUGCAGGAUGCGGUCAGUGGCACCGUGGGGCACUCCGUGCUCCUGCCCAUCUCCUACACAGUCAAGAGCUCCUUUUGCUUCCCACUGCCAAUUAUAUGGAAGUUUGGGAACAGCUCGCAAGUGAUCAUCACCUGCACGGUGCAGAACUGCUCCCUGGAUGCUUGGGGAGCUCCUAAGGAAUGCUCUGCACAACGUUUCCCUCACCCCUCAUACCGGCACCGCAUUGAAGUCUUCCCUGAGAACGCAUCCCUGCUGCUGCGGGACCUGCAGCUCAGUGACAGCGGGGUGUACAGCAUUUUCUUCCAACAGCAAAAUCAAAGCAGGCGAAUCACCCUGGCAGUGCACCAGCAGCAUGUUUCCACCGAGCAUCCUGACAAAGGCACCAAGGCCCAAGACUACUCCCAUUACUACACAAUUGGAGUUUGCUCCCUUAUCGGCCUCUUUCUGCUGUUCCUGCUCCUCUUCAUAUGGCGGCGAGGUGCAUUGCGGAAGAUGAGAACCAUUACACAGCAGCAGGCCUCAAACACAGAGGAUAUCCACAUGGAAAACACCGUGGUAAGGGACGUGGCAACAAUUUAUGCCACAGUUGGACAAGACUUUGAAGAGACAAGACCAAGAGCAUUACCAGAGAUUCUCUACACAUCCAUAAACUUCCCUCAACUGCCCUCUGCUUCGGCUCCGAACUUUGCAGGAGAUAGAUGUGCAGCAGAGCCAAGGUGAUGCUGUUGCCACUCCGUCCCUUGUGAUCAGACCUUUGGUGAGUCCCCUCCUGCCCAUGGAGUGUUGUUUAAGUGCUUGGAGCAACAGAUUAUGGAAAUGCAUUAGUUUGCCUCAAACUGCAGUUUCUCUUGAAUUUGAGGAAUGAUCUGCUUUUAGUUUCAUCUUGAGAUUUCUGGAGAUCACAGAGACUCUGAACGCAAGAGAAAGAUGCCUAAAGCAAAAGCAAAACAACAGUUCACCCAUGAGAAGCUCACUUCCAGAGACAUGCCUUAAUUUGAGGGGUAAUGGAGAACAUUGAAUGUGUUUCAGUCGUGCAUCCCAGGGUCCCUUACCAAUUGCUUGUCAUAUUAAAAGAAUGUACAAA